CUACAAGAUUUUUGACACGGGCAUGCAAAUUAGAUGAUAGAGGCCCUACACGCCCUGCACAAUUAUUGACACGGUUUCUAGGGGCAAAAAUCAUCAUCUCUGUCUCUGGAGAACAUUGUGCACGUGUACUGUAUUUGAGAGUUCCCACACACCUGCCCUCUGAUACGUGAAGCCAGUCAGACACACCUUUUGAAACUGCUGCUCAGGCUGCGUCUCAGGACAGUGUAACACGAUGGGAGGAAAGUGCUACCUACCCUCUUCUGCAUACGUGAAAUCACGUUAUCUCCAGAAGACAGGAUGGCUACUCUGGAGCCAUUAUUUGCCUUUUUUUUUUCUUUGUAAAGUAUUUUGAACUGUAUGAAAGCUAUAUAAAAACUGUAUGAUGCUAUAUAAAUAAAUUUCCUCUUCUUCUUCUUAUUAUUUAGCGUUAAAUUGCCUAUACGUGUGUCUGAGGACGUGUGUAUGUGACCCAUUAGUACUCAGUUGUUCUGAGGCUCUGGAUCCACUGCAACCCUGAUGAAUGAAUGAACAAUAAGACAAAAUACAUAUGCCAAGCGAUAAAACUUAUACCAUAGAAACAGCACAUGGAAGACUGUAUUGCGUAACCUUGAAAUGUGUUUAUGGAAGUGAAAUUUGAUGACCACCGUCUUUAGCGUGCGUCUCAUUUUCCAACGCGGUCUAAUCCGUGCUGCCCUCUAGUGCUAAUAAUCGUGUGCGACGAUACCAGUAAAUGUGACGAUUCGGGUGUGGAUCCUUAUUUUGCAAUUUUAGAUGUGUUGUAAGAAAUGAUGAAAAGUCUUGCUGAGAAAUAAGUCAAAACAUGUGACCGUGUCAAGCUGACCACGGUCACUGGUGUUUAGGUGAAGUGUUGGUUAUUAGACAUGGAUAACUGAACACAUAAGAGGAAGGAAAAUGGGAUUGACUGUUUAGCUAAAUCAGGAACACACACUCUAAAAACACACACUCUGAGAAUCCAUAAUCUCGUACUGACUCUUCAUCCUAUUCAUCUGACGAUACAGAGUUUGACAUUUUACGAUUCUAGACCUGACCCACUGCUCCCGUGCCAAUAUUUUUGCUUUGAGGUGGUACAAAAACAUACCAACUAAUGUGAAAUGCGGCAUCGGGAAAUAGUAAACCUGAUCAUCAAACACAAUGGGAGACUGGGGUUUUCUCUCCACGUUACUGGACAAGGUGCAGGCCCACUCUACUGUCAUUGGCAAGAUCUGGAUGAGCAUACUCUUCAUCUUCAGAAUCCUUGUUCUGGGCGCAGGAGUUGAGAAUGUAUGGGGAGAUGAGCAAUCUGAUUUAAUUUGCAACACCCUCACACCGGGUUGCGAGAAUGUCUGCUACGACUGGAAAUUUCCCAUCUCCCACGUCCGCUUUUGGGUCAUGCAGAUCCUCUUCGUGUCCACCCCGACCCUGCUCUACCUGGGCCAUGCCAUCCACAUCAUCCACCAGGAGAAAAAGCUUAGAGAGAUGCGCAAGAGCGACCAGUCAGUGCUGGCACCGAAAUACACCGAUGAAAAUGGCAAAGUCAGAAUCAAGGGCAAGUUGUUGUGUAGCUACUUGACUCAGCUCUUUUUCAAAAUCAUCCUGGAAGUUGCUUUCAUCGUUGGCCAGUAUUACCUCUACGGCUUUGUAAUGGCAGCCGAAUUCUUUUGUACCAAGGCCCCCUGCCCUGUGAUGACACAGUGCUUCAUGUCCAGACCCACAGAGAAGACCAUCUUUAUGAUAUUCAUGCUUGCAGUUGCAUGUGUUUCCCUGGCCUUGAACGUGCUCGAAGUGUGCUAUUUGGUUUGUUGUAGAGUAAGAAGACGGCCAAAACAUGAAGCAGUGGUGUUCUACAAUAUGAAUGCCAGUAAUCUACCGUUAGGUGCAAUUAGCCAGGAAGCUGUAAAGAGCAUUAAGCAGAACAGUGUGAAUGGAGACAUGGAGAAGCACUGGGCACACAGGAACUAUAGACCUGCUGAAGAAAUGCAACUGUAAAUCAACAUAUCUACACUCUAAAAAUUAUAUGGGGUUAAAUAACCCAUCAUUUUUUAGAAAAUUGUAUGAAUACACUAUAUUAUGUAAUGUAGGCUAAUAUAUUGCCUUAGUAAUCUAGUGAUGAAGUACUGUACACCAGAUGGCACGGUGUACCUGUUCAGAUAACUCUACUCUUACCCUUCCAUUCGGUUUUAUGCGAUUUGUUUCAUUCACACACUGUUUUCCUGCCAUAUAUAUCCUGACACUUUAAUUACAUACACAUUGUCCUUAUUGUGUUACAUACACUUUUUUAAAAAAUAACGAUAAAGCCUUUUUAUGUGCAGCAUAAUGCUUUAAACAUGACUUAAUUAAAUAUCUGACAAGACAAGAUAUAGGUUAAUAAGUUACUGCUGACGAAAUGUGAUUAUGGUCAUUGUGCUUAAACUGUAUUUGUACAUUAAUAUUGUGAUUCUAUUUUAUGCUGAAUAAACCUUGUUUAAUAAAUCAGACAGCGUUGGGAGUUUACUGAGUUAGUUUGGCAGAAUAAGUGGAAACAAUUGUCCCUAAACUUGUAAGAAUGCAAGAAGAGUCAACAAAUGUAAGACGGUAACGAUGUAGGAAUCGUGUGAUUUCCCAUGUUGUCUUACAAGUUU